UCAGUUUAUUUUAACGUCUGAAGGUUCUGCAGAUUAUUACAAUAAUUAUGUCGAUAUAUUCAUUUUGCACAUUCUGUAUGAUUGACCACUAUUACUACUGUACACAUUUAUUUCAUGAACAUCUUACAAUAUUAUAAUUAUUAUUAUUGUAAUGGAUUCGUUAUCUACGAUCUUCCUUUGCGUUAGUUAAAGACAUAAAUAUUUUAUGUACGAGUGGUGAAUAUCAUUCAAUCGAAUAUGAGUACGAUUUUAAUUUUAUUAAUAUUUGUAUGGAGUCAGAUAUCAGGUAAUUAUGUCAUUGCCUUGUUUAUAGUCAGUGACGAUAAAAACAUGUCUACAAUGAAUAACGAGUCGUGUAUAUCUUGUAUUUGUAAACCUAUGACCAGAAAUUGCAAUGAAGAAAUAUGCACAGAUCCAAAAAGUGUUAAUCUAUGCAAAAAUAAAACUCAUCAAGCGAUUACUGAAUUCAGUGCUCCAGUCACAACUAAUAGUCUGCGCAAUAUUGGAUUUAUAUUCAAAAUGUUUAUAUGCAUGUGUAUAAUGUAUAUGUUUAUAAUACACGCAUCUGGAGAUUGUUUCGAAUCAAGAUCUACAAGAAGAAUACAUCCGAGUUUAAAUCAAAUUCUAUCAGAUGAGGGUCUACAGUCCACUAACAGUGACGACCGAAGUUGUGUAAUGCCGUCGAAUGUCUAUUUAAGAUACGACAAUAACGUUAAUGACCCGCCUCCUUCGUAUGACGAAACACAAAUCACUAGGACACAUGUCACAAAUCCUAGAUGUACAACACAGGGACCAUUGCACAGUUCUGAUUUAAAUUACGUUGAGCUUAACACUUUCAAUGACAAUAACAGUGCACGCUUGUUAUUAACGUCUCCGCUCAAUGAGCCACCGCCGUCGUACGAUGAGUUUUUGGCGAUCCAUCGUUCAAAAACCUCACAGGUUUAUAAUUUACCACCGAACUGUGUGAAUGAUCAUAUUUUGUACAUGGCUAUACCGGUCGAUGCGAUAGAAACCGCUCGRGAUUCGCAAACGACAUUCGUAUCCGAAACCGAAAUGUCAUACACUCAAGUCUGAUGUACGCGAAUACAGCUAUUUCGGACUGGUCGGAUCCAUCGCGUGUGUCACUUUUUUUCUUAUCUUGUUAUAUACAAGCGGAGAAUUUCUCAGACCAAUAUAAUAUUCUUACGGUACAAGUUAGAUUAUUACUUUGGAAAUAUAUAGAGGUACUGGUUUAAUUCCCAUGCAUAAUUAUUAUAUUAAUAUUUAUUGGUGAAUAUCUCAAAUCUGUUUAGCCCAGUGCAAUCGUUCUCUAUUUUCAUAAAACUUUGAAAUCGGUCCAGUAGCUUUUGAUUAUCUACAAUUUCAUAAAACUUUUUGAAUUKUUUCUGCUUCAUGUUAUUCCUAUAGGUAAGACGGUUAGAGUUUUUU